CUCGGUGGGUGGAGCUUGUGGUGGGAGAAUGAAAGCCGGAAAACAUGGCUGCUGGUUGCAGUACGAGCCAGCACGCAGGCAUGGAACCAUUGUGAAAUCACCCUUGCUGCUCUCCAGACCACAGCUAACUGCAGCUUGCAGAACUGCCACUUCAGAGUCUAACACAAGAGUCCUCUUGAUGCAUUCCGCUGCCGAUGGUUGGUUUAGAGUAUGACCUCUAGCAAGAAUCCACGCUUCAACCAUUUUCCUGCAGGUGCCACGAAUAUCCCACCAGAGAGCACUAACGGGACCAGAAUGGAGACCACGUUUGGUCCGGCCUUCUCUGCAGUUACGACUAUAACUAAAGCUGAUGGGACAAACACGUUUAAACAGCACCGCCGGACCCCAUCGUCUUCCAGCACCAUGACAUUCUCCUCCAGAGAUGAAGACGAUGUUAUGCCUCCUAUUAGCACUCCUAGACGCUCCGACUCGGCCAUAUCCGUUCGGUCCCUGCAUUCGGAGUCCAGCAUGUCUUUACGCUCCACCUUCUCUCUCCAUGAAGAUGAAGGAGAGCCGGAUCCCCUAGUGUUUGCUGAGCAGCCAUCUGUCAAACUCUGCUGUCAGCUUUGUUGCAGCGUCUUUAAAGACCCCGUCAUCACCACAUGUGGGCACACAUUCUGCAGGAGAUGCGCCUUAACAUCUGAAAAGUGCCCAGUGGAUAAUGCAAAACUGACCGUGGUGGUAAAUAAUAUUGCUGUUGCUGAGCAAAUAGGGGAGCUGUUUAUUCACUGUAAAUACGGGUGCCGUCAGUCUGCCAAUGGGAAGCCGGCUACUUUUGAAGUGGAUCCCCACGGCUGCCCCUUUACCGUAAAACUCAGUGCCAGGAAGGACCAUGAAGCCACCUGUGAUUACAGACCCGUGCGCUGUCCUAAUAAUCCCAAUUGCCCCCCUCUGCUAAAGAUGAAUAUGGAGGGCCACCUCAAGGAGUGUGAACACAUAAAGUGCCCUCAUUCCAAAUAUGGGUGUGCAUUCAUUGGGAACCAGGACACGUAUGAGACACACCUAGAGAUGUGUAAGUUUGAAGGGUUGAAGGAGUUUCUGCAACAGACAGAUGACCGAUUCCACGAGAUGCAGGUAGCCAUGACCCAGAAGGAUCAGGAGAUCGCAUUUCUGCGCUCCAUGCUAGGGAAGCUGUCUGAGAAGAUUGACCAGCUGGAGAAGAACCUAGAGCUGAAAUUUGAUGUCUUGGAUGAAAACCAAAGCAAAUUGGGUGAAGACUUGAUGGAGUUCCGCAGGGACGCGUCAAUGCUGAAUGAUGAACUCUCUCAUAUCAACGCUCGAUUGAACAUGGGAAUUCUGGGAUCGUAUGAUCCUCAGCAGAUAUUUAAGUGUAAGGGUACUUUCGUAGGACACCAGGGUCCUGUGUGGUGCUUGUGUGUGUACUCCAUUGGAGACCUGCUGUUCAGUGGUUCAUCCGACAAAACCAUCAAGGUGUGGGAUACCUGCACAACCUACAAGUGCCAAAAGACACUGGAAGGACAUGAUGGCAUUGUACUGGCCCUCUGCAUUCAAGGAAGCAAGUUGUACAGCGGCUCGGCAGACUGCACUAUUAUUGUCUGGGACAUUCAGACGCUUCUAAAGGUCAACACCAUCCGAGCUCAUGACAACCCCGUGUGUACACUGGUUUCUUCUCACAAUAUGCUCUUCAGUGGGUCCUUGAAAGCAAUUAAGGUGUGGGACAUUGUGGGUACAGACUUGAAGCUAAAGAAGGAACUUACUGGCCUCAACCAUUGGGUACGGGCUCUGGUGGCCUCACAGAACUACCUGUACAGCGGAUCAUACCAGACCAUCAAGAUCUGGGACAUUCGCACCUUGGAGUGCAUCCAUGUGUUACAGACAUCAGGUGGGAGUGUUUACUCCAUAGCAGUUACCAACCAUCAUAUAGUGUGCGGAACAUAUGAGAACCUUAUACAUGUCUGGGACAUCGACUCGAAGGAACAGGUCCGUACCCUGACUGGACAUGUAGGAACAGUGUACGCUUUGGCCGUCAUCUCAACGCCAGAUCAGACCAAGGUUUUCAGUGCCUCAUACGACCGCUCUUUACGGGUAUGGAGUAUGGAUAACAUGAUUUGCACCCAGACUUUACUGAGACAUCAGGGUAGUGUUACCGCUCUUGCUGUGUCCCGAGGUCGGCUAUUCUCUGGUGCAGUGGACAGUACGGUAAAGGUCUGGACUUGCUAACUGAGCCAAGCUGGCAUACCCUUCCACCUCUGCCAUCUGUAUUGUAUCACAGCCAGAAAAAGAAUCCAGCCCAGCCACCUUUCCUUGAUGGACACAUUUAAACUUUGCCACGGACACUGCUAUACUUGUGCUGUUGCAGUACAGACGCAUUAAGAGAUUCUGUGAAAUCGGGACAACUUUACUAUUGUUUUCAAGCUAGCUCUUCCUUUCUCCCAAAUCACACACACCUCUAGCCCCAGUGAUGCAGGAACUGUGACCUUUACAGCCCUUGUUACCUGUAAACGGUGUGUGAAUAGUCUGCAUCACCAGCACUUUCCAGUGUGAACAGGGAACAGGCUGCUACAUUCAUCCACACCUCCCCUCGAAAACACUCUUGUUCAGCUGCAUACACGUUAUCCCAUUUCUGCCAGUGAAUCCUUCAGUAAAGGGCAUAAGAUUGUAUCUUAGCACUUUUGGAAUCUGAAGCCCGGCCCAAGUAAUACUUGUUGCCUUUUUCACUUUUCUACAAAGCAGUCUUCAGAACCUCGUGGUUUACCGUGCGACCGAUCAAAAGCAAUCUCAACCAAUGCAUUUCCCUACUCGGCUCUAUGUGUACCAGCUUAUUCCGAUGUUACUUUUAACGUCUAAGACAUUGUAUUUUAAAUAGCGUCAGGUUGUUGAUAAAGUUUAAAAUUGAGAUGUAAACCUGGAGGAAUGGACAUUCCGCACUUAAAGGUGCACACCAGGAAACCACAUGUGAUGCGUGCAAUGUAUUGGUUUCAAUGGACAGGCUAAGCACCAAAACCAGUUCAUCUUAAUGAAGUGGUUGUGUGGCAGAGAUGAUUCCUCUGCAGCCUUGCAGAUAAAAACCGUGCCGUUUUUUUCAUUUUGCGUUACCAUGCCUUCUAGAGGCGCCAGACUGAAAUACAUUCAAUAGCUGAAUGUAUCUGGUACCCAGCGUCAGUGUGCGAAAUAAUCUGACACGUUAAGAUUUGUGCGUUUCUGCAUGAGAAACAUUGCUUCUCCUACAAAGGCGUAUUAGGCUGCAGGAAGGAGUUUGUCCAGAUUGUAGAAGAUACGUUUAAUGACGGUUUCAAUAUUAAAAAAAAUACAUUUAAAAUGGUAGGUUUAAAGAAAACUUCUAAUUAUAAAAAAUAUUUUUUACUGGUGAGUUCCUUUAAUGUUCACUUGAACUUUUGAGGGUUUUAUUUUUUAAUUUAUUAAAUUGAAUUUAUAUAUAUAGCCCACACAAAAACCACCUGACUUGAAUAAAAAUAAAAUGAUGGUAAAUUACGGUAGUUACAGAAUACGAUCACACAUAACAUGAGCCUGCCACAAGACUGACAUGGGUCCUAUUCUAACAACCUAAUAAUGCCUGCUCUUAUGAGAUGAAUCCAUUCACCUCUGACAUCCAUCCUCCGGGGAGUCCAUUCUCCCAUAUUAUCCGUGGCACCGAAAGGCUGCACACACUGGCAAUUUGGAUAAUAUGAACAGGUUUAAGGCACGGACAGGGCCAAAGCUCUCUUUUCAUUUCACAGCAGCUGAUUGCCAGGUACGCUUUCUCCAACCAGAUCACGUCAAAUGGCUUAUCGUGCCACACUCCAUGCUCUCCACACACUCCAGAUGCAAGCCUGCAUUUUUAUUCCUUUUUUUUUUUGUUUAUUUCCUUUUUUCUACUGUUUUUAAGGACUGUAUAAUAGAAAUAUAAUUAUUUCUUCAUUUACAAUAAAAAAAGGAAAUCCAAAUUGUGACUUGGGUUUGUUACUUAUUUUCAGUAGCCAGGGCAACUAUAUUCUAACAAUGCAUCCUUACAAUAAUGUUUUAAUUGAAAUCCAAAAUAUAUAUAAAGAGAGAAAAAAAAACUAUUAUACGUUUGUCACGAAGUUGAAAGUUGCUGAAUAAAAGCUCAGAAUGAA